AUGGCCUUCCCACCAGCAAAGAAACCCACUAGCCUCCUAGGAUUCCACCGCAUCCUCUCACCCACCGCCGGCGUCCGCGUAUCACCAUUAUGUCUAGGCGCCAUGAACUUCGGCGAAGCCUGGAAGUCCUUCUUAGGCGAAUGUAGCAAGGAGACCUCUUUUGCCAUGCUAGAUUACUUCUACGAACAAGGCGGCAACUUCAUUGACACAGCCAAUAACUACCAAGGCGAGGAGAGUGAAACUUGGAUCGGCGAGUGGAUGGCAUCUAAGGGGAAUCGCGAUGAGAUGGUCAUCGCCACCAAGUUCACGACUGGCUUUCGACCACAAGCUGCACCGGAGAAGCUGAAGACGAACUUUCAGGGCAAUCACGCCAAAUCCUUGCGAGUGUCGCUGGAGCAUAGUCUGAAGAAAUUACAGUCGAGUUAUGUGGAUUUGCUUUACUUACACUGGUGGGACUUCACUACUUCUGUUCCGGAGCUAAUGAAUAGUCUGCAUCAUCUUGUGGCGAGUGGUAAGGUGCUGUACCUGGGUAUAAGUGACACACCAGCAUGGCAGGUAGUAAAGUGCAACGAAUACGCUCGCCACCACGGCCUCACCCAAUUCUCUGUCUAUCAAGGCCACUGGUCUUGCGCUUUCCGUGAUUUCGAGCGCGAGAUCAUUCCCAUGUGUGAGGCUGAAAACAUGGGCAUCGCGCCAUGGGGUGCCCUAGGCCGUGGCAUGCUCAAGUCCUCGACCGAGUACAACGCCGAGGAUCGUGAUGGCCGGAAGAUGGGACCCCAGAACCCGAAGUACGAACGUAUGGCUGUCAAACUCCAGGAAUUGGCGGACAAGAAGAAUACGCUUGUAACGAGUAUAGCUUUGGCGUACGUUAUGCACAAGGCUCCUUACGUCUUCCCAAUCGUGGGAGGUAGGAAAGUGGAGCAUUUGAAGGGCAAUAUCGAGGCCCUGGCCAUAGAGUUGACCACCGAGGAAAUCGACGAGAUUGAUGAUUCGGAGGAAUUUGAUGUCGGGUUCCCGAUGAGUUUCUUGUACGGGUUCGGCGGGAAGACUUAUAGGACUAGGUAUACCGCGCAGGAUUUGGGCCUCAUCGCGGCAAAUGGAUAUAUCGAGACGCAUCCCAAGCAGAUGCCUAUUCCACCCGGCACUGGUGCCAAACGUCAUGGUCUCGAAGGACAGUAG